CUUGCUGCUGUUACUUCGUCUGCAAACCCUCUUGUCUCCACUCCCGAUAGCCCUAACACACCUUUACUCGUUCUCGCAGAUUCAAGAGACCUUGCCGCAGCCGCUAUGCUGUCCGCUUGAAGUCCAAGGGCCACGUUGGACUGCUCGUCGCGACGUAAUGCUACCGCGCCUUGCCUCUCCAGCGCUUCCCCCCUCUGCCGGAUCAUCGUCUCAUCAGCGACCGCCUCCCAUCCUCGUCGACACUUCCGAAUCCGACAUCAGUCAAGACAGUGAGGGAGAAGGCUGUGAGGACAAGGAGAACGAUGCGAGGAGAGCAUUCGAGAGGCGAGGUCCACUUGGCCCCUCAAUGAUGGAAGGAAGUGGCGAUGAGCAAGGCUUGCGGCGUUCGGCAUCGUCUUCGCAAAGGCACACGGCGUCAGCAGAAGGUACAGUACCCAGAUCAAACAGUCGUAUACUGGCGCUAGCUACACCGCCCCUGGAAUCGAGGUCAUUGCCAUCGACAAAGGACCGCACGUCCUGCCCCUUGCCGCCCUCGAGCGGCGGGGGCAGCGUACGCAGUCGCCAAAGUGGUUCAGAGAGGAGGCCGAAGAACGGCGGCAGUGCUGUGGGUACGCCCUCUGGAUCGCGCCCAUCUUCUUCGGGCGAGCUAGAUGCGCGAACGAGUGAUGAGCUCAACGCCAUGCUCGCUACCAACCUGAGCCGCAAAAAUGAUCUCAAUGAGCAGUUGAUCGAUUAUCACGACGGCAAGGCGCCUUCUGGUACCGAUGUAGAGUGGCUCAAGGCUUCCAGGUCAGUUGUCAGCAUGCCGGAAGCAAGGUGAUAUUGUGAAGAAGCGGUCAGCUCACUUAUAAGCCUUUGACGUCCGUAAUCUUCCCAAUCAGGGUCUUCCUGACUAAUCGGAUAGCAGAAUUGCGAUCUAUCCUAGCAGAGAGGGGAGUGCCCACCUACUCGCAGAGUGCGCAACAACAGCAGCCUCUACCUGCCCCCUCGUCUGGUCAAUCCCUCCGUCCCUCUCAGUCGCAGGAGGAAAGACAUCGACGCGUUCAGCCCUCCAUACCAAGGCAUCAGGCGACACCUCUCAAAGCGACCUCCUCUAUCGCGGC